UGUGCAUAUUAUACGAGUGGCAAGGUGCACUCACUGUGUGUAAUUUUUUGGGGGUACAAAUAUGGACAAAUACCGCAUCUAUCCAACGAUUCAAGUCAAAUGAGAAUUAUUGGAGCUCAGCGUCUCAGAGAAUAAAGGCACGCCAAUUAUUUCUCCUGUGGUUUGUGGUUUAGCUGAAAAACUGCAUCAGACAACCAUCACACGUUCAGAUCAGACUAUUCUUCUUGGUUUCAUAGGAUUUGAAUGGGAUUUUUGCUUGCUGAAAUGUCCGGUUUCACUGAAAUAAUGAAGGACCGCAAAAUCUGGAAAUGUUUGCUAGCUGAGUUCUUGGGGACUUUGGUACUUGUGUUUGUUGGCUGCGGAAGCUGUUUGAACUGGGAUGGACCAAGUGGACCCGGACCUAGCAUUACGCAGAUCAGUCUUACUUUCGGUUUAACAGUUGCCACGAUGGCUCAAGCCAUUGGGCACGUUUCAGGAUGUCACAUAAAUCCUGCGGUCACUACUGGGAUGUUGGUUGCUAAUAAGAUGAAACCUAUUAAAGCCGCCUUGUACGUAAUCUUCCAGUGCUUAGGGGCCAUCUCGGGCGCAGCGAUUCUAAAGGCUUUCACACCUGAGGAAAUUCAAGGAAGUUUGGGCAUGACGGUGCCGAAUAAGGAGAUGGCUGUAGCCCAGGCGUUGGGUGUGGAAUUUGUCAUUACUUUGAUAUUGGUUCUUACCGUAUUCGGAGUUUGUGAUGGGAAUCGAGACGAUAUCAAGGGAUCGGCCCCACUUGCAAUUGGAUUGUCCAUUACAGCCUGUCAUUUAGCUGCUAUCAAAUUCACUGGGUCGUCCAUGAACCCCGCUCGUACAUUCGGGCCGGCUGUCGUUACAUCCAUUUGGACAGAGCAUUGGCUGUAUUGGAUGGGGCCCUGUGGGGGUGGUGCCGUGGCCGGAUUGUUAUAUCGUAAUGCCUUCCAAGCCGCCCCUGCUCGGCCUGACGAAGGAAAUUGCGAAUACGAACCCUGUGCCAAGGGGGACAAAUUCCAGGAGGAGGCUGCCGUAUAACUUUGUUGCUACUUUUUAUGAAGUAUCUAGAUGAUAUGUAUGUGUUGUCAAAAAACGUCACCUUUUAAAUUAAUUGUAAUAUUUUAGUCAAACUUUUUUGUAAUUCUUAUGUUUUAUUUUCCUCUGCAUUGUUACCAUUUCAGUUCUCAUGAUAUUAUGAAAAUCGUUAUCAUACAAAAACCAAAUUUUCAUGUUGUACGUGUAUGUAACACUUUAUCUGUCCUUGUCCAUAAAGUUCUUAUUACUUCAAAUAGUUGAGAAGACAUUGAAGCACUGCCACGUUUGUACUCUCCAGUUUUGCAGAAUAAACAGUAUUUUCCUUCUACCA